GUAAAAAAAAAAAGAUCACAAUCUUCUGGAUUAAUUCAAGUUUUUUUGUUACUAUUAUCAAUUAAAAGUAAAAUUUAAAUGGAUGAAAAUGAUGAAAAUGUUAAUAGGCAAGUUGAAAAUAAUCGUCGCAGAAAUGCCAGAAAUAGGCUGAGGCGAGAUGAAAUUAAUAAUCAACAGAAUGCUAGAUAUGCUGCUCGGCAAGCCGCAAAUAAUUUGAAUCAAAAUGAGGACAAUGUCAUUAGGCAAGUUGAAAAUAAUCGUCGCAGAAAUGCCAGAAAUAGGCUGAGGCGAGAUGAAAUUAAUCAUCUUCAAAAUAUUAGAUAUGCUGCUCGGCAAGCUGCUAAUAAUUUGAAUCAAAAUGAGGACAAUGUCAUUAGGCAAGUUGAUAAUAAUCGUCGCAGAAAUGCAAGAAAUAGGCUGAGGCGAGAUGAAAUUAAUAAUCAACAGAAUGCUAGAUAUGCUGGUAGACAUGAAAAAAUGCAUUGUAUAGCAAGAAGUAAUACUAUUCCAGAUUAUAAUUAUUUAGGAGAAAUGAAUCAUAUUUGUCAGCAUUGUGGUGCUAAAAAAAUUUCCUGAUGAAACACAUAUUUUAUGUUGCCAUAAUGGAAAGGUAGUUUUGUCUCAACUUUCACCAUUUCCGCAAGAUUUACAAGAUUUAUUUAGAGGAAGUUAUGUAGAUCGAAAUGCCAAUGUGAAUUUUCUAAAAUAUAUUCGAAAUUAUAAUGCCUGUCUUUCUUUUGCUUCAUUUACUGCUAAUGUAGUUCAACCCAUGAAUCAUGGGCCGCCUGUUUUAGAAUAUGUGGUCAGGUUUUUCAUCGUGUUGGUAAUCUUAGGCCAGAUCAAGAUAUUCCUCCAACAUAUUGUCAACUAUACAUUUAUGAUCCACUUGCAGCAAUAAAUUUUAGAAUGCGACAACCUGGUAAUGAUCUUUGCUUAAAUGAUAUAAUGUUUCGGUUGCAAACUGUUAUUAGUGAGGAGAACCCAUUUGCUCUCGCAUUUAAAAACAUGGCUGAAGUGGAAGAUGAAGAAAUUCGCCAAGCAGCUAUAGAAGGUCGCUCAGUCUCAGUUGUAAAAAUGUCUUUACUUGAAGGGCAAGAUAGACGUCACUAUAAUCUCCCUUCACAUAAUGAAGUUGCAGUUGUAUUUGUUGGUGAAGAUGGUGCUCCUCCUGCUUCCAGAGAAGUUGUUAUUUACCCGAGAGGUCAUCCUCUUAAAACUAUAUCAAGUAUGUCUGCCAACUUAGAUCCUAUGGUUUAUCCUCUAUUUUUCCCAAGAGGUGAUGCUGGUUGGCAUAAUCAAUUGGUUCACAACCCUGAACGUGCUACAUUGGUUAGAAAUCAUGUUACAUUAUCUCAGUAUUACAAUUAUAGACUUUCGGUUAGACAAAUUUUUUCUUCAAUCUUUUAUGGCAAGAAACUAUUUCAGCAAUAUGCUGUUAAUGCAUAUGUCAAAAUUGAAGGCCAGCGCCUUGCUUUUAUCAGAAAUAACCAAAACAAACUUAGAAGCGAGCAGUAUGAUGCCUUACAUGAACAUGUAGACAACCUUGGAAACGAUCAUAAUGUUAUAUCGUCACGAUCAUAGCACAAUUGCCUAAGUCAUUUUUUGGGGGUUUUUUGGAAGUUAAGAGUUGAAAUAUAUAGCUUAAACAGUCUAAUAAUGUGGCAAAUCGCCUUAAACCAAUCAGAAAGGAGUUGAUUUUUAGUUUUUUCACUUCUGCUUAAAUCCGCAUUUUUACUUAUAUCUUAUUGCUUUUGACCUAUAUUCUAUUGUGUCUCAACGGUAAUACACAUAUCAUUUCUAAAGCAAUAUAUGAAAGCAUCUAAGUAAAAAGAUGCCAAAAAUAAGCCAAAGUGACGUAGCAAAAGAAAUACCGAAGUUAUUCAUUUUUUUUUUUUAGUUUUCUCAAAACGAGAAAAAAAUGACUUAGACGAUUGUGCUAUGAUCGUGACGAUAUGUUUAUAGUUUGUUUCUUUGUCUAUUUUAUGCAGUGGUUUCAAAGUGGUUUGACUUUGCCAUUGUAAAGAGCAAGUGUAAUGUGUACUUAUAAAUAUCUUAUGUGCUUUUGUUGUGCGUUAUCGUUGUAAUAUUGUUGUGAUGAUUUGUGUUGAUAGACAGUUGGCUUACCUUCCCGUUGGUGUCUAUCGUUAAAAAUGAUUAAUUGGUAGUUCUAUUCAUGGAGCUUACUGUUUCUAAUCAUUCACUAAAAGCCAAGACAAAACAUAUUGUUAUAAACACAAUUUGUUUAUAUUUCAAUUUGUUUUUUUUUUUUUAUCUUUAGUGUUGUGCAUAGUUCUAUUCUUUAAAACAUUUUUAAUUUGUUUUUUAAUAAAUGUUAAUUUUUUCGUCUUUAAUAAAAGCCAGCAUGAAAUAAUGUCAUUGAACAACACCAUUAAAUAUUGCUUCAUCAAAACAGCAACUGCAGUUUGCCAAAAACAGACACCAUGUGACGUAUUUAUGCGAUACAGGAGAACACAAUAAUAAUUAUGUUUUGUUAUUAAAUAAUAAAGUUUUGUUAAAAAAAAUAUUAUUAAAUAAAUUUGUGAUUUUGUAAUAAACGGAAGGGUCGGAUUUUAGAAGCAUGAAAUAUUUGAAAAUUUCUGUUUAAAA